UGUGCAUAAAUCACACAGUGCUGUCAGAGACCAGAGAGAUCAAACACAGAUCAAAACGGAGGGCAGCAGGAAAUAAGCAUUUUUAGCUCACUGUGCACUGCUGGAAGCCGGUCACUGACAUCUUACCGAUCAAUUUGUGAACAUGGAUAUUCCUCAAGACAAGGGUGCAGAUACUUGUUUAAGUUUUUUGCGCAAUCAAAGGAGUCACGUGAAAAAUAAAUUUCCAUGUUCAGGAGAGAAAUCAUUUUCAUGUUCUGAAUGUGGCAAAACUUUUACCCAGCAAAACGGUCUUAAUAUGCAUCUUAAAAUUCAUACAGGUGAAAAGGCAUAUUCAUGUUCUGAGUGUGGGAAAUGUUUUACCCAGCAAUCAACACUUGUUACUCAUUUGAAAAUCCAUACAGGAGAGAAGACAUUUCCAUGUUCUGAAUGUGGGAAAUGUUUUAAUAGGCAGUCAACACUUAACACACAUCUAAAAACCCAUACAGGACUGAAGCCAUUUUCAUGUUCUGAAUGUGGGAAAUGUUUUACUUUACAAUCAACUUUUAUUACUCAUCAGAAAGUUCAUACAGGACUGAAGCCAUUUUCAUGUUCUGAAUGUGGGAAACGGUUUUCCCGGCAAUCGACUCUUAUGACUCAUCACAACAGUCAUACAGGAGAGAAACCAUUUUCAUGUGCUGAAUGCGGAAAAUCUUUUACUCGGCAAUUAACUCUCACUACUCAUUUGAAAAUUCAUACUGGAGAAAAAGCAUUUUCAUGUUCUGAGUGUGGAAAAUUGUUUAUCUGGAAAUCUGCUUUUACUAAACACCAGAAAAUUCAUAAAGGGGAGAAAUUACCAUGUACUGAAUGUGGGAAAUGCUUUUUCUUGAAAUCAGAGCUUAAUAAACAUCAGAAAAUUCAUAUAGCAGUGUAACAGGUUGCAGUGCACAUCCUGAACAUAAAUAUUACUAAAAGGACAUAAAAUAUGAGGCAAAUAUAUACACUAUAUCAAAGUAUACUAAAACCAUAGGUACCUGUGAAAAGUAUUCCAUAUAAGUCCUCGGCUUCUCCUGUGAAUAUUCACACCGACUCCCCCAGAGCAGUUCCAUAUUAAAAAGAUGCUGUUUAGCCAAAUGCUCCCUAUAUAUA